AUGAGGCUGAUAUUGCUCACCUUAUUAUUGAUUGCCGCUGUCGAUGGAGGCAUUAUAGACAAAGUGAAAGGAGCAUUUUCCGGUGAAGGCAGUUUUGGACAGAAACUAAAAAAUGCAACUAUCGUUGGAUUCAAGAAGCUUCUGACAGCCCUUUCUCGUUUCCUGUAUAUAAAAUUACAGCUCUUCGAAAACACAGCACUGUUCAAAAUCCGCGACAAGAUCAGAAGUAUGAAGGACAAGGUGUUGAAAACAUUGGAGUUAACACCAAAAAUGAUGAAAUCGCUCGAGGAAAGGUUGAAGAGAUUGCGACCCAUCAAGAAGGAUAAAGUCGCAGAGAAAGGAGACUCCAUCACUGAGGUCAACGAAUACAGUCAGCCCAAGCAUCGCCAUCUAUGGUAUUCCGGAAGAUGGAUGUUUGGUCUUCUUUACGUGGGAAAGCUCGGCGGUGAACAGAAACUGUCGCUGGGACGUGGUUGUGAAACGGUAUCUAUCGCUGCGCACGAGCUAGGUCAUGCUCUUGGAUUCUUCCAUACAAUGUCCCGACACGAUCGUGACGAGUUCAUCACGGUAAACAAGCACAAUAUCAAGUGCAUCGUUCAAACAAAAAAGCCAACAAUGGUUCCGUUCGAUGUGGAUUAUCAGCAAACCCUUGGGUCUCCAUUCAUUUCAUUCAUCGAACUUUCAAUGCUCAAUGAACACUAUGGAUGCAAAGAAAACUGCAACAAAGCCACAUCCGUCAAAUGCGAGAUGGGCGGAUUUCCUCACCCACGAGACUGCCAGAAAUGCAUCUGUCCUGGUGGUUAUGCUGGACCCCGAUGCACUGAGAGAGUGAGGAGAGAAUUAGAUAUACUCGUCAUAAAGGAAUUGGUGCCGAAAGCGUUUACUUUAGCCAUCAACAGGGUGCGGCGAUACAAUUAA